AUGAACGAAGCUUUGGAACAACUGAAGAGGAAGUUCAAGUCGGCUGACACGGAUGGCAGUGGAAAGAUUUCCUACAACGAGUUGAAAAAAAUGGUAGAAGACCUAAAUCUGUCCGAAGAUGAAAUUCAGGAAACUUUCGAUGCAAUUGACAUUGAUGGAAAUGGUUGGAUCAGUGUGACAGAAUUCUGCUCAGCGAUGUAUAAAAAUAGUAUCAGAAACAACAUGGAUAAGCAAUUCAAGGCUAUGGAUACCCAAGGCAAAGGUACUUUGUCUAUUGAAGAAGCCUGGAAAGUAGCCAAUGAAUAUGAAUGCCUUCUUAGCCGUGAGGAAGUGGAAGCAGCAUUCACUUUGGCAGAUAGGGAUGGAGACGUAAUCUAUCUAUCUAUCUAUCUAUCUAUCUAUCUAUCUAUCUAUCUAUCUAUCUAUCUAUCUAUCUAUCUAUGUGUGCAUGUGUGUGUGUCUGUGUGUUUAGAAGUAGAUUAUGCAGAAAUAUAA